AUGGGCGCCGACUUCACAGUCCUAAUCGGCGGAGCCGGCCUCCUCUCCGCUCCCAUCCUAACCGGAGCUUUCGACCUCAACGACCUCGACCAACACAACUUCCCCAUCGAGCACGACGCCUCGCUCUCUCGCCAAGACGCAUACUUCGGCAACGACUACUCCUUCUACAACAAGUACUGGCAACAAGUCGUGUCAUUUUUCCAAAACGGGCAAACUGCCCUCCUCCCAGCUGCCCAAGCCAUCGCAAACCGAACCGCAGAUUCGAUGAACAUCAACCCAACUUUCACGUACGGAUUUAGGGAGUUCAUUUUCCGAUACGGCGAGACAGCGAUUUAUCUGCAGACUAUGGGCGGUGAUGAUGCGACGGGUGUUACACGAGUAGAUUGGGUGCGUAGUUUAUUUGAGAAGGAAAAAUUGCCGUAUGAUCUUGGUUGGAGACCGCGUGCUAAGGCCAUCACGAUUCCUAGUUUGGGACAGAUGGUUUUCGAGCUUUUUAAUGUGAGCCCGCAAAGGGUUCCGGAGGGGAGGAAGGUGUUUGUAGAUAGUUAUAAGGAUGUGUUUGAGGUGCUAGUAGGUGGGGAGGAGCAGUUGAAUAACAUUACGGGGGGUUUGGCGAGGGCUGUUGGGUUGUAG